AUGUGCUCAGAAUGCUAUGUUGCCUCCAAGCCCGCGGUCAUGGAAGAAAACCAAACCCUAGUGAAUAAAAAUCAAGAAUUGGAAAAUACAGAUGAGAUACAUCAACUUUUGGCCCGGAUUCAAUUAUACUCAGAAGAAAACUCGUCGCUUUAUGAUAAAAUAAGCAUCCUAGAAACCAAAAUUAUUGAUUUAGAAAGAAUAAAUGCCAAAGAAAGUUCAGCAACUGAUGUUAUUCAUGAGAUCCUCGGAAAGAUUGGAAUUAUAGAAUCGAAGUUAGAUAACCUCAAGAUUCCCUCCACAAACGAGGUAAAUACAUCCAACAUUCCUGCUUUUUUACCUGACACAAAAAACCAGUCCUUUGCCCAAGUAGCAAAACACAAUUCUUCUUCUUCCCUUUCUAAUAAUGGCAACAUUGCUGGGAAGUUGCCUCAUGGACCUUCUAGUCUAAACAGACCAGUGCUUCAGAACGCCCAAAAAAGAACAGAGAAGAAUACAAGUAAACAAUUGCCAAGUUCUUCUAAUGCUAAUGAUAGUAAUUUCAAGGCCGUGAGAGAGAGAGUGACUAGUGAAAACAAAGAUAAUGAAAAUAAACAUAACAACAUGAACCCACAAGCUCAGAUAACUGCUUCUCAAGUCAGCGAUGCCAUUAAUGAAGCAAUGGUUACUGUUAUCAACCAUAGUGAAGAACCUUUCAGGGUUGUAACUCGUAGGUCAAAUAAUAGAAGAGUCCAAAGAGGCACAGCUGUGCUUCCUGAAGAGGAGCCCUUCCAGGCAGCUCCUUCUAAAAUGUGGCUGUAUAUAGGAAGAGUGAAGAAAGAAGUUAAGGCUGAUGUCAUAAAGAACUUCAUAAAAACCAAAGCUACAAUCUCCAAAGAUAAUGAACUUGAGAUAGAACAAUUGCACACUACUGGAUCCUACAGCUCUUUCAAGGUGGGGGUCGAUCACCAAUAUUAUGAACAAUUGAACUCUACUAGCUUCUGGCCUUAUGGUACAGUAUUCAGGAGAUUCAACUUUAGAAAAAAGUCUCCAGCCACUGCCCAGCAAUCCUGGGACCCCAAUCUUGGUCAAAAUGACCCAAUGUCAACGCUAAAAGUUAAUGAUUUGAAAAUCCUGAAGAAGGAAUUCAGCGACGUGAAUGAGACGAAAUUUGCUUUGUUGACACGAAAAGGAGUAUUCCCAUAUGAUUAUGUCGAUAAUGUGGAAAGAUUGGAUGAAUCCGAGUUGCCAAGUAUUCAGAAUUUCUAUAACAAAUUGAACGAUACAAAUAUUUCGGAUGACGAUUACGCGCACGCGCGAAAAGUUUGGGAAUCUUUCGAGCUGAAAUCGCUGGGAGAAUAUAGCGACCUAUAUAUGCGGACCGAUAUUCUUCUUCUUGCUGACGUCAUGGAAAAUUUCCGUGCGUCAUCCCUCAAGACCUAUGGCCUCGAUCCUGCUUGGUAUUACACCAUGCCCGGCUAUACUUGGGACUGCAUGCUCAAGUAUACUGGGUGUAAGCUGCAAAUCAUCAAAGACAUCGACAUGGUGAUGUUUGUGGAGCAGGCGAUAAGAGGAGGAGUAUCGGUUUGUUGCAAUAGCAAAGCAAUCAUUGCUAGCUAUAUUACCUGCACUAAGAUGAAGUCCUCAGGAGUAUCAGAACCUCAGGAUGAUCUUGUCGAUACUUCGCCCGCUAUUUGUGCAUCAGAAUUAUGUUUGACUUCUCAAUUAGUAUUAUCAACUACCUCAAUGAACGACGCUGCUACUUCGACCGCUAUUUGUGCAACAUGUUCUACUUCCCAAUUAGUAUCAUCAACUAUCUCAAUGAACGACGCCCCAUUAAUCACAAGGGGAAGUGAAGUCCUGAAGUGUUUGAGAAAAGAACCGGAAGCUGAUAGACCUGGCCACCAUGUUUCUUUCCACAUAUGUCAGUCACAAGGUUAUACAAGUUCACAGCUGAAGCUGGAGGGAUUUGCCUUGUCGCUCUCAAUGAAUCGCUUUCAUUUAAGUGCAAACACAGAGCUGGCCUCAGAUGCCUCAGCUUUGUGCACUACGUGUUUUAGCAGGACCUGCCAUAACGUCACAAUAUUUCUGAUCAACGAGGGUGGCGACGACUUCGACGAUCCUUCAUCUUUAAGAGAUCAGGCUGAGAUAGACACACCUGCAACUCUUCUCAGUUCCAGAAUACGACCGUGA